UGGCAGUUGGAAUUACAACAAAUCCAGAAGAACUACAGAUAGUGAUUCAUAGAUUUGCUUCAGUUCAAUGCAGAAGUCCAUCAUCUGAUCUAUUACAGAAUACAAGGGAUUAUGUGAACAAAUGUGCUCCCAUUUACAACCUUGCAAUUAAAGGGGACUGGAAAGAAGCAAGAGCCAUGUUAAUGGAAGAUAGCAGGUUGGCUACUGCUGCCAUCUCACAAGGAUGGGCCACACUGCUUCACGUAGCAGCAGAAGCAAAUCACUUGCAUUUCGUAGAGGAGCUGGUGAAACAACUCCACCCAAAUGACUUGGAACUACAAGACUUCAAAGGCAACACAGCUUUCUGCUUUGCUGCAGCAGUUGGCAAUGUCAAAAUUGCCGAAGCAAUGGCCCGAAGAAAUAGCAGUUUGCCAACUAUAAGAGGUGGAGAAGGACUCACCCCACUUCACAUGGCUGCUUUACAGGGAAAAUGUGAAAUGGCAUGGUAUCUCUACCCUCAUACAGUUCACAACUUCCAUGCUCAAGAUUGGGAUUUGUUGUUCUUUCUUUGUAUCAACACUUCCAUUUAUGAUUUAGCUUUAAAGAUGUUACAAGAUAAUCCGCUAUUAGCACUCGCUCGGAAUGAGAACAAGGAAACAGGGUUGCAUGUUUUGGCACGAAAAUCUUCUGCUUUUAGUUGUGAAGGUAGAAGGUAUCCAAAUCAGUUCAUUAACUCACGUAAGAAUCCAAGUUUGGCUCACCAACUUGUAAGGUGUCUUUGGGAUACUCUUGUUUCUCUUGAUUGCACAGAGAUACAAUUGAUACGAGUCAUAAACGAGCCGUCUCAAGUGAUAUUCAUUGCUGCUGAAGUGGGAAAUUGUGAGAUUAUAGUUGAGUUGGCUAAAUCUUACCCAGAUCUCCCAUGGGAUGUUAAUGACAAAAAUCAAAGCAUCUUUCACAUUGCAGUUUUGUAUCGUCAUGCAGCCAUAUUUAAUCUCAUACAUGAAAUAAGAUCGAUCAGGAAUUUUGUGGUAACAUAUGAGGAUGCAGAUCAAAACAAUUUACUGCAUUGUGCUGCAAAAUUAGCACCACCAAACCAACUUAACUUGGUGUCUGGAGCAGCUUUUCAGAUGAUGCGUGAGUUACGGUGGUUCGAGGAGGUGAAGAAGGUCAUGCCACUUUGUUUCAUAGAGAAGAGAAAUUCCAAUGGUAAAACUCCUCGAGAACUUUUCACAGAGGAGCAUGCAGAGUUACUGACAAAAGCAGAAUCUUGGAUGAAGAGCGUGGCAAACUCUUGCAUGAUAGUUUCAACACUUAUUGCUACAGUAGUGUUCACAGCAGCAUUCAGCAUUCCACGCGGUGAUGAUAAAAGUGGAAACCCCAACUGCAAUGCUAUCGUCUUCAUAAUAUUUGCAAUCUCAGAUGCAACUUCACUGAUCUCAUCCUCAAUCUCAAUUCUUAUUUUCUUGUCCAUACUUACCAUAGCUCGGUAUGCAGAGGAUGACUUCCUCAUGUCACUGCCAAUGAAGCUGAUAUGUGGAUUGGUUACACUGUUUAUCUCCAUAGCAAGCAUGAUGGUGACAUUUAGCAGUGCUUUCUUCAUAACAUAUGCUCAUGGCCUAAAAUGGGUGCCGAUCUUCAUUUCUGUACUUGCACUUGCACCAAUCACCUUAUUCACAUUUCUUCAUUUUCCCUUAUGGUCAGACAUUGUUUACUCAGCCUAUUUCUCUAGGUCUAUAUUUCGCCCAAAUAAGCACGUUCUGUACUAGGAAAUCUUAGGCCCUUAAUCAUGAUUUUUGUACUGUAUUUUAAGUACUUAUUAUCCCUUGCAAUGUUA